ACCUCCAAUUGGACCUCUUCUGUUGAUUACACACGAUGCCAGGUAUAUCAAGCGAUGACAAGGCGAAGAUAAAGAGCACCCUCCCUACUUCGACCAACAAGGUCUCCACAGCGGCGCUCGCGAGAGUAUACUACGCCUACCCAGACCCGAGCUACUGGUCAUACGCAGGGUUUGAGGGUGGCUUGGCCCUGGUGUUUGAUAAAGGAAGGAAUAGCAAUUGGUUCAAGUUGAUCGAUUUGAGUGGAACGAGAGGUGUCAUAUGGGAACAUGAACUCUAUGAACCUUUCCAGUAUAAUGAGGAUAGACCCUUUUUCUAUUCCUUUGAGGGUGAUGAAUGUUCCAUCGGCCUUGUCUUCUCCGAUGAGAGCGAGGCGAAGACAAUGCGUAAAAAAGUAGAGGGACGGGCCAAGUCGAGUAAGAAAGCUGUUGCUCCCGUGCAGCAGGCAGCUCCUGUACCCUCAUCGCCCACAGGGAAGAAAUCAAAAAAGAAGAAAGGUGGCAAGAUCGAUAAGUCGAUGAUUUCUGCGCCCACCGAAUUUAAGCACCUCGCGCACAUGGGGUAUGACACGCAGAAAGGUUAUUCUUCAACGGGUGUAGAUCCCUCAUGGACGACGCUCCUCGAGACGCUCGGUAAUAUGGGCAUCGGUGCGAGUUCUAUCAAGGGCAAUGAAGCGUUUGUAAAGCAAUUCGUGGACGCCCGUGGAGGGGUGGACGCCUUCAAACAAGAAGCAGCGGUUAAGGCUGCGCAAGCCGAUGAGCAGAGGAUCAAGAGGAAGGCUCCACCUCCUCCUGCACCCAGGAGGCAGGUAACCGUCGUCCCACCCUCGGAACCCACUCGAGCCCCUCCGCCACCACCGCCGCCCACAGCACCGCCAGCGCCGCCGGCAGUUCCUAUUAUGGCCCCUCCGCCCCCACCUGCCCCUCCAGCUCCUUCAGUUCCACCGCCGAGCAGGGCGCCUCCCCCUCCAAUGAGCCCGCCGCCACCGCCUACGAGCGCUCUUUACCCUCCUCCUGCACCACCGCCGCCCCCACCGCCCACUAUGGCUCCUCC